AUGGUAGCUAAUUAGUUGGUAUAUAGCUUUUCAUCUAAUAUUCAAAAUCAAAGUAAUAAAUGUGUUUCUGUUAUAUUGACAGGUUGGAAAUCAGCAGCUUAUGAUUCUUCUAAUAAAGUUUUCGCUUUAACUAUUUAAGUGGUUAAAAUAACAGAUUCUGGAUAUACUAUUUAGAUAUCAACAGCUCAAGAUUCAUAAUAAAUAAUUAAUGUAUAUUUUACUGUAUUAGAAUACAUCUAAAAUCCUCCAACCAGUAUAUAUGGAAUAGUUUCAAAUUAUGAUACUCAAUACUAAUAACCAACAACUUAAAAUUGUUUCAUCAACGCUAACAAUUAGUGUUCUAACGAUUAAAGAUUCUUUCCUGUCUUAUUUAAUGUUUUAAUACAAAACUCUCCACCCUCAGGAAAUUAUCAGAAUUUUUUUGUUUCUUUAAACCAACUUUACUUCAAUACAGUAUAAGACGGCUAAGAUUUAAGAAUUAGUAUCAUAAAUUAGCCGCUUUCAUCAAGUAAAAUAUAGUAUCAAUACUCAGUUUGGGAUGGUGCUUAAUGUUUAGGAGCUACAUCAACAGCCAUAUACUUCUAUAAGAAAACUUGUCCAAGUAAUUAAUUGAUAAAUAUUAACUCUAAUAGUUGUUCUUCAGUUUGCUAGAUUUAAGAUCCUUCAAAUAGCUCUAUAUGCUUAGAUUGUCCUUCUGGAUAAUAUUUUUUAUAAGAUUAAAAUAUAUGCUAAGCAACUUAACCAAAUGGUUAUUCUUGCUCAGUACCUAGCUCAUAAUUUAAUUUUAACGUUUGCUAAAAUUGUAAAAUUUCUAAUUGCAAAUUAUGUUCAUAGAAUUCUAAUUAAUUUACUUGCACUUAGUGUGUAAGUUAGUAUUUUUUAUACAAUAACUAAUGCUAAUAAACAUAACCUUCAAAUACAUUUUGUGAUAGUUAAAGUCUUAUUUGUAGUAAAUGCUUAGAUCCAGGUUGUUUAACUUGUAGCGACCCAAGUUAAUCAUCUUCUUAGUGCUUAACUUGUGAUACUAAAUAAAACUAAGUUUUAUAUUAAGGAAAAUGUUAUUCUCAAAGUUCUCCUCCUAAUAACACAUUUUGUGAUUGGAGUAAAUUAGAAUGCAUUCUAUGCAAUGAUAACAACUGUCUUUCUUGCAGUGACCCUGCUAAGACACCUUAAAUAUGCAAUAAAUGUGUACCAAACUAAUUUUUGAUUUUAUUUUAUGGUAAAUGUUAUAACUAGAAUAACCCUCCUCCUAACACCUAUUGUGAUUGGACAAAAUUGAAAUGUUCUUAAUGUGCUGAUAGUAAAUGUCUUACUUGCUCUGAUCCUAGUUUAUCACCUUAAUAAUGCUUAAAAUGUGAUGUAAGCUAAAAAUAUGUCCUUUAUUAAGGUGAAUGUUACAAUUAGUAGAACCAACCAUCAAACACAUUUUGUGAUUGGAAUACAUUAUAAUGUAGCAAAUGUAAUGAUUCUAGAUGUCUCUUUUGCAGUGAUCCUAAUUUACCUCCUUAAUUAUGUUUAUAAUGUGAUACUAGCUUAUAAAAGUUAAUACUAUAUUAGGGUAAAUGCUUUAGCUAAAGUGAUCCUCCUCCCUAAAACACAUUCUGUGAUUGGGACAAAUUAUAAUGUUUUAAGUGUGCUGAUAACAUAUGUCUUACUUGUAGUGAUCCUAGUAAACCACCUUAAAAAUGCUUAUCAUGUGAUACUAGUUAAAAGUAAAUUCUUUAUUAGGGUAAAUGCUAUAACAAGAAUAAUCCUCCACCAAAUACUUAUUGUGAUUGGAAUACAUUAAAUUGUACUUAAUGUACAGAUCCUAGUUGUUUAUAUUGUAGCGAUACUACAUAAUCUCCAUAAAAAUGCUUAUCAUGUGAUGCUAGCAAAAAGAUGGUUCUCUUCUAGGAUAAAUGCUAUUCUUAAAGUUCUCCUCCACAAAAUGCUUUUUGUGAUUGGAAUACAUUAUAAUGUACUUAAUGUAAUGAUCCUAGUUGUCUAAAGUGUAGUGAUCCUAAUUUACCUCCUUAAUUAUGUUUAUAAUGUGACUAAAGUAAAGCUAAAAUUCUUAUUUAAGGGAAAUGCUAUUGUGGAAUCGGGUAUUAUCUAGAUGAUAAAAAUAAUUGUAACUAAUAAUGCGUUCAAAGUUGUUUAUUUUGUUUAAACAACAAUUCUUGUGAUAAAUAUUCAGAUAAUCGCACUUACUCAGAUAAUCAAUGUAAUUACUCAUGUUCUUAAUGCUUAAUCCCUGAUAAAAACUAUGGUUGUACUACAUGUAGUUCUGCAACUCGGUAAUUAGAAAAAAUAACAGGUUCAUGCUUUUGUAAAAAUGGGUAUAGUGAUAUAGGAAAACCUGAUUGUUAAGAUAAUAAUGCUCUAAAGCCUUCUUAAUAAAUCCAAACUACAAAAUAUCUGAUUCGAAAAAUUAGCAUUUACAGAAACAAUUUAAAUAGACGUAAAUUAAUUAAUAGCAUUAAUAAACCUAUCGUAGUAGAUAUGGCAUUAGAAAUAAACAUUGAAAACUUAGAUGAUAUAUUAAAUACUUCUAGAAGAUCUAAUCAACUUUUAAAUCAUAGAUUCUAAGCUAAAUCUAAAAGUAAAAGUAUUAAUGAUAAGUAUUGA